AUGGCGAAGUUUAAAUGUCCAAGAUUUGCUGUGCUGGUGUGUGGGCUGCAAAGCCUCUCACGCGUCGUAAUAUCAGGUGGCCAACCCUCCCCAGCCAUCUCCGAGCAUCUCGCCAAAACGCAUGAUGCUCGACUCGCCGACGCUUGGCCCGGGAGGCGGGGAGCGAUCAUCAACACCCUCAAUCAUGUGUCGCCAUUCCAGCGACUGACCCGGCCAUCAGCUUCCUCCCGUUCCCCCUUUCAUCACCACGGAACAUUGAUUUAUCCACGGUAUCCCCGACUCUGCACAUAUCUCGGUCCGUCGUGCUCUUGCACGCACAUCGCGACGCUCCUGGCCAGACACGAGAUAUUGCAUGCGAGAAGUCCGCUUGUUCCUGGUUUCACGAUCCUCGCGGCCUUGCAUCGCGGUCCUGCUAUUGGAGCUAGCGGAAGACUCAGAUUCGACAGGAGACGCAACGGACGAACGACGGGGCCACAGGGAGGUCGAGUCCAGCAGGAGAAACGAAGGUCUGGAAACACCGCGCGCGCCGCAGGAGGAGUCAAGGACGGCUCGAGGACGACUCGACCACGACUGCCGGAGGCAAGAGAGAGAGGUACAGUACAAAGCACUUCGCUCGAGCACGCAUCUCCAGUGCCACAGGGCCACACACCAGCGCCACGCCUUGCAGACAAAUCAAUCACGCCGCCCUCCCUCCCUGCCCUCCCUUCUGGUCCCUCGCCUGGCGAUCAUCUGCAUCCCUUGCCCCCUUCAACCCCUUCGACCCCGUCGACCCCUGCGCGGCGGGCUGAAACUCAUCCAGCAUCCUUGGCUGCUUUUGGAACGAGGGGUUUGACGGUCAGCAUUCCUUUCCAGCGCCUAGGGGGCAUAGCGCACCUCUAUUUGCCCAGCCAUCGACCGCCAUCCAUCGAGGGCCAACCAUCGCCUCGAGAGUCCCCAAAUUCCUUACUGGAGAACGAAAAUAAUCGCUCCUGGCCAGGCAAAGCUAGACCUGUCAAUCCUCAUCCCGCCCAGACAGAGACCGCCGCCGACGCCCUACUGGCCCAACCCCAUACCGGUGCCUUUUUGUACUCGAAUACAUAUAACCACCAUCAAGCCCUCAUUUCGAGGUUGGUAGAUUACUACAUUGCAGCUACACCAACCUCCUCGCCCAUCCUCAUCCUCAUCCUCGCCAUCUCCCCCCCACCCCCGAUCUCGACUUCGAGCAGGCUGUUGUCAGAUCCCGGUGCCGGUCCAUCACACGUUCUCCUCUCCUGGUUCAGGAGUACAUUACCUUCGACGCCCUCGAAACGAAACACUCAGGCCCGGCCCCUCCUUUUGAACGCGGAACAGACGAACUGUCAAAACGCCAUCGCCCUCAGUCUGUGCGUCCCCACGAAAAACACCCGUGAGCUGCAUCGCCUCCUAUCAACUCGACAGGAAGUCUGUACUCGGCCGCUUUGGUGA